CCUGAUCCCGCUCCAGAGAAUUCAGAAAAUGGUGGAGAGAACGCCGAAAAUGCUGGAGAUGAGAACAACCCAAUACGGCCAAGCUCUUUUGGACUUCGUGCCCACUUUUCAACGGUUAACAUCAACUGUGAUAAGUGGUACCAAACCAUGGAUGAGAAAGCUCGACUAAACCUCCAAGAUCCACCAUCUUUAGCCGACGGCAUGGAUCGAGAUACGGAAAAGAACCUUCGCUUCUUUGGCUGUACCCUUAUACAAGAAGGAGCUGUCAUGUUGAAGCUUCCUCAGGUGGCCGCCGCAACUGGGCAAAUAUUGUUCCAGAGAUUUUACUAUUUGAAAAGCUUUUUGAAGUUUCGCUAUGAGCAUACAGUCAUGGCUUGUUUGCUUCUUGCCUCAAAAAUUGAGGAAGAACCACGUCGUACUAGAGACGUUUACAACGUCUUUUAUCGUCUUGAGCAGCUACACAAGCUCAGAGAAUCGGGACGUUCCAUCAACGAGUAA